AUGAAGGCUGCCUACACCGCCUAUCGAUGCCUCACCAAAGACCUAGAAGGCUGCGCCAUGAACCCGGAGCUGACAAUGGAAAGUCUGGGCACUUUGCACGGGCCGGCCGGCGGCGGCAGUGGCGGGGGCGGCGGCGGUGGGGGCGGCGGGGGCGGCGGCGGGGGCCCGGGCCAUGAGCCGGAGCUGCUGGCCAGCCCUAGCCCCCACCACGCGGGCCGCGGCGCCGCCGGCUCGCUGCGGGGCCCUCCGCCGCCGCCCCCGCCGCCGCCGCCCACGGCGCACCAGGAGCUGGGCACGGCGGCGGCGGCCGCGGCGGCGGCGGCGGCGUCGCGCUCGGCCAUGGUCACUAGCAUGGCCUCGAUCCUGGACGGCGGCGACUACCGGCCCGAGCUGUCCAUCCCGCUCCACCACGCCAUGAGCAUGUCCUGCGACUCGUCGCCGCCCGGCAUGGGCAUGAGCAACACCUACACCACGCUGACGCCGCUGCAGCCGCUGCCGCCCAUCUCCACUGUCUCGGACAAGUUCCACCACGCGCACCCGCACCCGCACCCGCACGCGCACCAUCACCAUCACCAGCAGCAGCGCCUCCCGGGCAGCGUCAGCGGCGGCUUCGCGCUCCUGCGCGACGAGCGCGGGCUCCCGGCCAUGAACAGCCUCUACAGCCCCUACAAGGAGGUGCCGGGCAUGGGCCAGAGCCUGUCCCCGCUGGCCGCCACGCCGCUGGGCAACGGGCUGGGCGGGCUCCACAACGCGCAGCAGAGCCUGCCCAGCUACGGGCCCCCGGGCCCCGACAAGAUGCUCAGCCCCAACUUCGACGCGCACCACACUGCCAUGCUGACCCGCGGCGACCAGCACCUGUCCCGCGGCCUGGGCACCCCGCCCGCGGCCAUGAUGUCGCACCUCAACGGCCUGCACCACCCGGGCCACGCUCAGUCCCACGGGCCGGUGCUGGCGCCCAGCCGCGAGAGGCCACCCUCGUCGUCUUCGGGAUCGCAGGUGGCCACCUCCGGCCAGCUGGAGGAGAUCAACACCAAAGAGGUGGCCCAGCGCAUCACCGCCGAGCUGAAGCGCUACAGCAUCCCGCAGGCGAUCUUCGCGCAGAGGGUGUUGUGCCGGUCUCAGGGGACUCUCUCCGACCUGCUCCGGAACCCCAAACCGUGGAGUAAACUCAAAUCUGGCAGGGAGACCUUCCGCAGGAUGUGGAAGUGGUUGCAGGAGCCCGAGUUCCAGCGCAUGUCCGCCUUACGCCUGGCAGCGUGCAAACGCAAAGAGCAAGAGCCCAACAAGGACAGGAACAAUUCCCAGAAGAAAUCCCGCCUGGUGUUCACUGACCUCCAACGCCGAACGCUCUUCGCCAUCUUCAAGGAGAACAAGCGCCCGUCCAAAGAGAUGCAGAUCACCAUUUCCCAGCAGCUGGGCCUGGAGCUCACGACCGUCAGCAACUUCUUCAUGAACGCCCGGCGCCGCAGCCUGGAGAAGUGGCAGGACGACCUGAGCUCGGGCGGCGCCUCCUCCGCCUCCGGCGCUUGCACCAAAGCGUGA